AUGGUCGAAAUCGACGGCGAAGUAAUAGAGCCGAUGAGUCCAGUCGCGGUCAGGGAUCGAGACGAGGAUGGCGACCCGGAGGAGGAAGAGAUCAGCUACGACGACCUCCAGAAGCGCACGUGGAAGGACCGCAUGCGCCUCCGGAGGCUGAAGGAGCAGCGGGAUCUCGCAGCCACGGGAAGCCGGCAUGAGCCCCUGGCCAAGCAGGAGGAGUCCCAGAGGAAGAAGAUGGCGCGGGCCCAGGACUCGAUCCUCAAGUACAUGGUCAAGACCAUGGAGGUGUGCAACGCGCGGGGCUUCGUGUACGGGAUCGUCCCCAAGCACGGCAAGGCGGUCACUGGCUCCUCCGAGAGCCUCCGCAAGUGGUGGAAGGAGACGGUGAGGUUCGACCGGAACGCCCCCCUUGCCAUCGCCGAGUACAUGCCUCAAGUCCUCGAUGCGUCUGGCGAGCUCGACCCCAGUUCGCACAUGCACCUCCUCCUUGACUUGCAGGACACGACGCUCGGGUCGAUCCUAUCGGCUCUCAUCCAGCACUGUGCUCCUCCGCAGAGGAAGUUCCCGAUGGAGAAAGGAUUGGUUCCUUCGUGGUGGCCCACCGGAACUGAGCUCUGGUGGGGCGACCAAGGCAUCGCGCAAGAACAAGGGCCGCCGCCGUAUAAGAAGCCCCACGAUCUGAAAAAGGCCUGGAAAGUGAGUGUUCUAGCCGCCGUCAUCAAGCACAUGUUGCCGAACUAGGACCGGAUGCGGAGGCUAGUGAGGCAUUCCAAGUGCUUGCAGGACAAGAUGUCAGCCAAGGAGACCGACAUCUGGUUGAAGGUUGUCGAACAAGAGGAGGCCCGCUUGCUCCAGACACAGAGGUGCCUCAAGAUUUCGCCUUCCCAAGAAGAGAGAGACGAAGAGAACAGGGAGAUGAUGAUGAGCAGCUCCGAGAAGAGGAAGUGCGGGUUCCACAGAGAGGUCGAUGACUGCACGCUGUACGCUUGCCAAAAUGCCAAGUGCCCGCAGAGCCAGCUGAGCUUGGGGUUCAACGACAGAAAUUCGAGGACCGAUCAUGAGUCACAGUGCGUUUAUCGAACUGAGAAAAGGGACGAUGACAAUGGCGACAGCGGUAGCAUUAAAGUGGGUAAUGUUGCUGAGAAUCAAUUCGAAUUGGUCGAUGCCGAGAGUCGAACUGAACUGUACGAGAACGAGAACAGGCCACUCAGUCCCCUUCACACGUUGAUGCAAAGUGCAAUGCUGACUCUGGAUGAUGGAUGA